UAAUAAUGCGCCGACAGGACGAUUGGCGAUAACACAAAAUUGACAAUAAUAUGAAUUAAAUUUACGAAUAUUACAUUAAACUAUCUUAAAUUGUGGUGAUGAUUACCAGAUAACGAAUUAAAUUCUCAAUCUGAAAGUGAAACUUUCGUUUUCACCAUAAACAUAUAAACGAUAUAUUUAUCUAUAGUUUUCACUAAUAUUAUUUUUAUACUAUUAUGUUGUUAUUAUUGUUUAUUAAUUUUUAUCUACCUUGUAAUGUAAAUGUUAUUCGACGUGAUAGUUGUUAUUACUCAUAUUUUUAUUAUAAUAAAUAAUCACGGUGUCCACCGAACACCUCUUGAGUCUUGACAGCUAGUGUUAUACUGUAAUUAAAGUCCACCACGUAGUACGUUGUUUUCGUUCACAUUGGUAUGUAUGAUGGAUCUACAUAUUCUAUUUUCCUUGUGCAGUACAAUUGACAAUUAAUUAUACACACAUAAAAAAAUAUGCUGUCAUUAAUAGAUCCUCGCUUUGAAUGUUCUAUUUGUCUUAAUUGUCUAAAGGACCCAAUGCUGACAAGAUGUGGACAUCGAUUUUGUUCUGAAUGUAUAAGUACAUGGCUUAAACGUAAAAGUCAAAUUUGCCCAAUUGAUUUAUUACCCCUAACUAUAGAAGGUUUGUUUCCCGAUAACUACACUAAACGAGAAAUAGAUGAACAAAAAGUUGCUUGUUUAAAUACUGGUUGUGAUGUAACAAUACCAUUAUUAGAAGCUGAUCAACAUUAUGCCUCGUGUGGAUUUAGUAAAAACCAAAUAAAUGGAGUUGCUGAUAAUCUCUGCCCGUUUAAUUUAAUUGGAUGUAAAGAUACAAUAAAAGAUAAAAAUGAAUUAUCAAACCAUCUCGUUAUGAGUAUGCAUCGACAUGUUACUCUACUUACAAAAUCUCAUAUUGAUUUCAUGAAUAAAUUUCAAAUCAGAGAUGGUGCACGUUCUAAAGUUUUAGAAGCUACACAACUGUGGGAUGCAAACAAAGAUCCUAAUUCUGAAAAGGCUUUACUUUGUAAUUUAUAUGAAAGAAUAGUGGUAUUGGAACAAAGCAAUAUUGAGAAAGACAAAGAUAUAGAACAUCUGAAUCAAAAAAAUGCAAUCAAGGAUAAAGAUAUUGAACGACUCAGUCAAAUGGUUAAUAAUUUAAUCGUAGAGUUUACACAAUCUCAAAAUGCAAUAUCGUUAAGAACAUGCAAUGGCGUGUAUAUAUGGAGAUUUGAAAAUUUUAUGGAGUCUUUAAAAUCAAUGAGAGAAAAGCCAUUACAUAAACAAUACUACACUCCUGGAUUCUAUACAUCUUCUACUGGAUACAAAGUAUGUGGUCGAAUAAAUAUGUCAUCGGAUAAUCGUAAUCUUUCUUUAUUUAUUCACAUGAUGCGUGGUGAUUAUGAUGAUACUUUAAUUUGGCCAUUUUCUGGUCAUAUUACUUUAUCUUUAAUCCAUCCAACAGAUCCAGUACAAACUAUUUGUUUGCCAAUGCAAUCAUCAGCUGAAUCUGAAGCAUUUAGAAGGUGUUCUUUCGGAAAUAGUGGUAAUGAAGUUUCUUCUUUAAAUCCAAGAGCUUUUGGCUAUAAUCAAUUUGUUGCCAUUGACGAAGUUCUUCAAAAUGGAUUUAUUAAAAAUGACACAAUUGUGAUUAAAAUAAUUGUUGAAUGUAUUUAAUUUUUGAUCUCUCAAGUAAAAUAAUAUUGUACCAAGCUUAUAAAAAUAUUAUAUGUAACUGUAUCCGUCCAUA